AUGGCUCUGCCGCGAGUGCAGGUGGUAGCCCGACCUGACGGAGGCGAUGAAGAUGAUGACUGGGGAGUCGGCAAUGGCAGAUGCACUAACCAACGCCGAGAUCGCGAGUCGGGGAGGGCGGGUGCAGGGACCGAGUGGAACCCUGGAAAGGGAAAUCAUGCCUCCAAGAGGUGCAACUCAUACCGUUCCUAUGGCGACCGUGCGAACAAGUGGCAGAGCACAGAACGUGGAAAAGAAGGGAACAAGGUUUUCAACAACUGCAAGGUUCGACGUCCUGGUGGAACAAUGAAGUCUCGGGUCACUGGAGAGGAGACCCUGCGAGCCAUGGCCGUGAUGAAGAAGGCCCUGGCGCAACUGGAGCGUGGGCCAGCGAGACUGACUCGUGGAGUACUUGUGGCCCGACUGGCUGAUGGCAGGGAGGAAGUCCAAGUGAACGAGGAGGCAGUCACUCGCUCGCCGCCGGAGGCAGGCCGCGCGCAGAGCAGCACCGGCGGAGCGAGCAGCGCCAGGUGCUCCGCGGGCCUGCGGGGUCAAGUAGGGCCGCGUCGAGCAGGCGAGGCCUCGCCUCGGCAGCAGGAGCACGCCUUGGCACGAUCAGACAUGAACGACGUGCAGGUACUACUGGGACGGGCAGCGCUGUAA